UACGAGAUCGUAAAACACAACACCGGUAUUAUACUUCCUAAACUUGAUCGGAUUUGGCACAGAUUGCCAUUCACGUGUCACCGUCGACAACUCAGCUGGCCAUUUCGAUAACGACUAACAAAUCGAAAAGCGUUACAACUUGGGUCAAGUUCAGGUGUAAACAGCUGUUCGUUUUGUUUUGGUUCGGAAAAUAUUGUGUGUGAUAUAACAAUAAAAACAAAGUUUUGUGAGGUAUGCUACACUAUAGCCAGCAUAUCUGGCGACCACUUGUACGGAGCCUAUUCACUACACAUUCGUCAUGGCAAGUCAAUUAUUAUGACGCUCUUGGAAUUGGCAAGCAGUCAACGCAAAAUGAAAUCAAGGCUGCGUAUUAUAAGUUAUCCAUGGUCUAUCAUCCGGAUCGCAAUGAUGGCAGCGAAACUGCCGCCAUCAAGUUUCGGGAAAUCACACAAGCGUACGAGGUAUUAGGAAACUAUCGAUUGCGUCGUCUAUACGACAAAGGAAUAGUGCAUACAGCAGGAUCCCGCUAUGCGCAAGAUGUGCAAAAUGUCGAAAAAGAUUUAGAUGUGGAAGAAGACGAUCCUCAGACAAAGUUUUACAAGUCGCGCUUUACAAAAUCCAAGGUGGUUGACACAGACGGCCGGCCGCCUAUUUAUGAUUUCGACGAAUGGAGUAGAGCUCACUAUGGCAAAAACUUUGAUAGACGACAAGCGGCCCAGCAAAAAUAUGAUCGGCAGCAAGUACAAAAGGAGCAUAGCAGGAUAUCGGCGCAGAAUGAUUUCGUAAUGCUAACCUUUAUUUUCGCUGGCGUUGCAGUGUAUCUCAUGUUUGCCGCCGAAUCUUCAUAUGAUACUCCUAAGCAAAGAGCGCAAGAGGCUUAUAGAAAAAGUCAGGAGCAGGUAACAUCGCCAGCAACUAAAGACUAGAAAGGUUGACAAUGUAUAAUACUAAAGUCUAGUUCAUAAUUGUAUGAUUAAUUGUUUAAAUAAAGAAAUCAUG